AUGGACUUCUUGCUGCGUCCCAUCGACUCCAAAGAAUGUUCCGUGAUUACAUUUGUACCUACUCCUGGGUUUGUGAUCAAAUCCAAGCUAGAGCACGGUAAAGAUGCGACGCUCGUCGUCGGGACCAAGACAUUCGUCAAUGUAUGUCAUCAUACCCAGGUACCGCUACCCGAUGUCCCAUUUGACGCUAGCAUUGUCUAUCCACUGAUAAUGGAGAACAAAUGGGAAAUACCAAUAGUUACGUCGGCGGUCCGGCGGGAUGCGGAUAAGAAGGGCCAGGAGUGCUAUGUGUGGGAUUGCUGCAUUAAUUCAGAAUGUAUGCAAUGGAUUGAAAAGGACUACCAGCUACGGGAGAUAUUGGUCGAGUGGUGCUUGGAAUCAUGUGAGCUGCGGCAGAGUGUUGGUAUUUCUCGAGAAGCAGUUGUAUUCCCUCGGAUGAAGAGUAAAGGCGCCCUGCCCGCAGUAGAGGUCCUGCAACAAGACCUGACACACGAUUACAAGCAUGAAAUUGCUGAAAACAGCUCUCUCGGUAUGGAUGACCCCCGCCAGAUACUACAUAUGCGAGGGGCACUGGACGAAGAAGCAUCGGGAGACGAUGGGACGUUGCCGUCCCUGUUUCCUGAGCGCCCGGCCACGCGACCGCUAAUAGAAGAGGUGAAUACAGGCAGGCAUAGCGCCUCUGUAGAAGCACCGAAGACGCUGCCGGCCUGCGGUUUGCCCCGGCUGGAGUUCGCUGUUACGAUGGGUCGUCCUCGCAACGACGCGAACUAUAAGAUUAAAGUCCAGGUAGCUUCGGCGUUGAAUUCCGGGCACGCCUACUCGGUGCAUUACGAUGGCAAGGAGAACUCGCUGCUGGUGACGAGUACCAGCCAAGCGUAUGAACCCAAGGAGAUCUGUAUCCCGCUGCCAGGCGUUGUUGCUGGUACAAGGUCCAUGCGCGCACUUUUCCUGAAAAGAAGCAAUGCUCUCGUUGUAUUCCUGUAG